AACGUCAAAGCACAACAUAAACAAAUUGCACGUGUUUGGAAUGUGCCGCAUGUAGUCCGGCAGUGAGUGUAGUUCAAUUAAAAAAGAAAGGUGUAAUUGGCAGUCUUUCAUUGUAAUUUAGUCCCAACCGUACGGCAACGAUGGCUACCGGGCUAGCAGCACAGCUAAAACGCUUGGCCGCACCGCAAACGUCCGCCCCGGUGGACGCGCGCCGCACGGCCUCGAUUCUGUUCGACGCGAAGGAAGCCGCCUCCAAGGAUCGGGAAGUAAUUUACGACAUCGGUGUGAGCGGCCUGGAGGAGCUUACCCAAAUGCAUGGCGCGUUCGCUCAGUUCGAGGACACGCUGUUCGACAAGCGUGCGAUGGAUCUGCAACGCUCCGUCGAAAACCGGGAGGUGAACGAGCAGCUCGAUGGCAACAUUCGGCGGUUUUUCUACCACCUCUCGCCGUACUUUAUGCUGCAGCCGGCGCACAAGUGUCUGGAGUGGUUGAUUCGUCGCUUCGAGAUCCACAAGUACAACCGGGAGCUGUUCGUGCAUCUCAUUCUGCCGUUUCACGAGACGCGCAUCUUCGUGCGCUGCGUGCAAACGAUGCAGAUCGAGGAGGUGAACGAUCGGCUAGCGUUUCUGGCGGCCGUGGGCAAAUCGGGCGUACCACCGGCCAAGCGUACCAUCAUCGACCACUGCGUGAACCAUCCGGGAUUUCUGCAGCAGUACGGAAGCUUCCUCACCGGUGCGGUUGAGGAGCUGGCCGGGAGGGCGAACGCCCUGCAGGCCACCUUUGCGUUUUACUGUACCACCGCGCUGGGAAUGCUGCACAGUGCGGAGACGGUGUCGGAAAACCACGUCACUGCCGUGCUGCACACCGUCGGCAAGGGGCUGGCGUCGCGGGCGAUCGAUUUCGCCGCCGGUUCGUUCAUGAUCGUCGGGCAGCUGGUGAUGAAGGCGAGCCUGGCCCAGCUGACGGUCGACUAUCUGGCCCGGCGGGUGAUAGCGGUGCAGCUGCCGGCCCUGACGGCCGAAGCGACCAUGCUGCUGGUGCUGAUCUUCCAGACGCAGCACGAACGCUUGGCUACGCUGUCGAGGGAGCUGAUGGGCGAGAUCCGGCGCUGCAAAUGGCUCGCACCGACCCUGUGCACCGUCAAGGCGGACGGUGUCGAUGUGCUCGUGCUGUACCGGAAGCUGCUGGAGAAGUGUCUGAACGAAAUCUGCUGCACCAAGGGUGCGCUCAAGCUGUACAGCGGGUUCUGCGAGCAGCUGAUGCUGGAAAUUCAGCUUACUGAGGUGGAGGCGGAGGUGAUCGUACAAUGUGUGCUGGAUUCAUACUUCCACAAGGACGUGCCGGAGAAGAAAGCGGCCAAGCUGGUUGCCGCCAACAGCGACGAUACGAUCGAGCUGGACAGCGAGGAGGAGGACGAUUUUGUGAGCAGGGACCAGCACGUGACCCAGUGGUACUCGGAGUAUCUGAAAAGCUUCGAGCGCCAGUACCCGGGAGCGUUCGACAAGGUCGUGAAGCGCAUCAUGAAGGGCCAGGAGCAGUACUCGCCCAAGAAACGGAACGCGCUGCGCAACGUGCUGGGCUUCCUGCUGCAGGCAUCGUACGACGAGAACGAAACGAACGUGUUCGAAAGCCUCUUCCAUUACGAUGCCGACCGGCGGGCCCACGCGGUCCAGUAUCUGGUGGAAAACCUGCGCGCGAUGAAGCUGAAGAGCACGGGCCAGGUCGAUCUGCUGCGGGACAGUGUGCGGGAGCGGCUGGCGGACAGUAGCUGCGAGGUGAUUGAGGAGCUGCUGAAGAUCGAUCCGCAAGAGCUGAUUGUGGUGGUCGGGACGGACGAGCUGAUUGGCCGGCUGAGCCAGCUCGUGCUCAAGUGUGCGGCCAAUCAGACACGGUGGGCGAAAGUAACGCCGCGCGUAAUCGAACUGUUGACCGAUAGGGUGGUGUACGGGCGGGGGAAUGUAAAUCAGAUCAUUAUUGCACUGUAUCCGCUGCUCUUUCCAAUUGGAAACGAUCCCGUCGGGCAGAGGAACGCCAAAGCGCUGCUGUCGACGAGCUUUGCGAAGCAGUACCUGGUCGCCCGGUUCUACGGCAAUGAGGAGAACUGCGAACUGAUGCUGAGCACGCUGCUCGAGGCCGGACAGUGCACCAAUCCGGUGCAGGUGUGCUUUAACAUAUUGCUGCUGUCGUCCGCGCUGCCCACGCCGUGCACCGUCGGGCAGGCGGACCGUGUGCUGGACUAUGCGGUCCGUCAGCUGCAAAACCAUCGCUUCCGAUACGCACCCACGUCGGACAUUCAGUGUCUGCAGGAUAAUCAACUGCCGCAGGAUCUGCUUACCGUGCCGAUCCGGUACAUCCUCGAGCGCGUCCAGUUCGAGCCGAUCGGGGCGAUGAACUUCGGGCGGCAGUGUGUGUCGCUGAAGCUGCGGCUGCGCAUUUUCGCCGUACUGCUCGAACAGUACUGCACGAUCGAUCCGCAGCACGGGGCUGUGCGGUCCAUCUUUGGCGAGCUGCUGAAAAGCUACCUCUCGCGGCUGUACCCGCAGCUGGUGGAUCGGAUCGAGUUUCUGUCCCACUUUUACACCGCCCACCUGAUCGAGCCGGGCUCGAAGGACGAUGCGGACAACUUUCUGAUCAACGCGAAGCUGCAGAUCCGCUGUCAGCGCUUGCUGAACACGCUGCUCGAGCAGGUGAGCCAGGAGGAAUCGGGCUGCACGGUCACGGAAAGCGCACUGAUAAACGUGCUCCUGUCGCUCACGUCCGGCUCGGCGGUGGUGCGCGAGUGCACCAUGCGCACGCUGCAGCUGAUCGUGGGGCUGCGCAAGCGCAACGGGCUGUCGAAAGCGUUCAACGGCUUCGUGAAGCGAAUGUACAAGCGGCGCGAAGAGCUCACGAUGGACGGGGAGCAGCUGGCGCUGGUAGUGUUUGCGAUCUUUUCGCUGGAGGAAGAGGAAGGCGGCGGGCACCCGCUGCAGCCGGUGAUGGAAAGCUUCGUGGCGCGCAUCGUCGACCCGAGCACCCCGACGUACAUCGUGUGCGGCAUCGUGGACCUGCUGAAGCUGCUGGACGAUCCGCACGUGCUGCUGAGCUGCGCCUCGAAGGGUGUCAGCAUCAUCGAGCGCGUGAACGCCGCCGCCAGCCAGCCCGUGUUCGAUGCGUACGAGUCGAGGGUGGUGCAGCUGCUGCUGACGCGCUUCAAUCUGGACAUAGUGACGCAUCUGCCGGGCAGUGCGAUCUGCCAGCGGCUGGUAACGCUCGCCAUUCGGUGCGACAAACCGCUCUGCCUGCCGUCGGAGCGGAAACUUUGCACACCGGCCAUCGCAAUGAUCGAAGCGCUCGCGGGCGAAGUUUUCGAAACGCUGCCGAAAGCGUACGCCCAGGAGGUGCUGCAGUGUGUCGUAGCGGCCACGACGCUGUCCGAGCAUCCGGAAACGAACGCCGCCACCGGGAAGCUGUUCAAGAGCAGCGCGAUCGAUGCGGAGGUGGUGGUCGACAUGCUGUGCGCCAUGUACGACGGGCGGGCGCGGGACGACGCGACCGGGAAGCAGCCGGGCAAGCCGGGCCGCAAAUCGAUCGCGAUCGCACCGUCCGAGCGCGUGCUCAGCUCGACCGUGUGGAAGUGUGGCGUGACGCUGCUGGAGCAUUUGCAGAACAAGCGCAAGCUCGCCAACGCGCAGCUGCUCGUGCCGAAGCUGUUCGAGUGCCUGAAGUACUGUCUGGACUUUGAGGAGCAGUCGGCGGUGGAGUACGUGAAGCAGAUCGUCCUGGCGCUGCUGCUGCACUGCAUCCAGAAGGUGGAGCACGAGAGCCCGGCCGGCGGGCCGGCACCGUUUGCGAACGCCGGCGGCACGUUCAAGGUGGAGCAGAUUGUGCAGUGCAUCCGGGGGACGCAGAACCCGCAGACGCACCAUCACGCGCUGCUGCUGCUGGCGCACGUGGCUCGCUACGUGCCCGACCAGGUGCUGCACAAUAUGAUGGAAAUCUUCACCUUCGUCGGGUCGUCGAUCGUGCGGCAGGACGACGCGUACAGCUUCCAGAUCAUCUCGAAGAUCAUCGAAACGAUCAUACCGACGAUUGCGCUCGGCGGUGGUGGUGGUGGUGGUGGUGGGGAAGGAGCCGCCACGUCGGCAGCGCCCACCGCCGCCCAGAUGGAGCAGGUGGUGCCGAUACUGAAGAUCUUCUCCGACAUCAUACUGGACGUGCCGGAGCAUCGGCGCAUCCUGCUGUACGUGAAGCUGCUGCAAACGCUCGGCCCCGCCGAGUAUCUGUGGGUGUUUCUGGGCGUGCUGAUCGAGUCGGACGUGAUGAAGGGCGGCCAGAAGGCGGAGCGGCGCAAUCCGGCCAAAUCGCGGGCGGAUGCGGAGCUGGCGGGCAGCGAACUGUCCAAGCGCAUGGAGGUGGCGCUGCUGAUUGCGCGCGAGUUCGAACCGACGGUCAUCAUACAGACGUGCACGUACCUGGUCGACUAUCUGCGCGAUCUGCCGAUGGAGAUCGAGAAGCGCAAGAGCGACCUGGGCCCGAUGGAGCUGGACGUGGUGGAUGGGUCGAUCUUUAACAUGAAAACGCACACGGGCAGACAGCUGAAGCACUUCAAGUACUCGCUGGUGCAGUUCGUCGGUGGGUUGCUGUCGACGGUGUUUGUGAUCAACAAGAUCGCCCAGCUGAACGAGGAGGAAACGCUCGGCAUGAAGAAGUACUACCAGAACCUGAUCGUGGGCAUACUGACGUACGUGAAUGCGGUGUCGAAGAUGCUGGACAAGCUGAAGGAGGACGGCUCGGACGAGAAGAUACCGCUGUACUGGCGCGCGAUGCUGAACAACUGCUACGACAUACUGGAGAGCACCAUCUCGCUGCUUUCGGCCGACACGCUGAUCAUCGUGGUGCAUGGACUGCUGAAGCAUCGCUUCCUGAUGGUGCGGCGCAAGGUGAUCGAGCUGCUGAACAACAAGCUGCAGUACAAGCAGGACUACUUCAACGACAGCCACUAUCCGGGGCUGCUCAAGCUGUUCGAUCCACUGGUCGAGCUGGUGCAGGGCCUGUACGAGGAGCAGCACGUGGUCGGCACCGCGUUCGAGCGGAUGGUGAUCGUGCAGCUGAGCUACAUUGCGGUGCGCCACCUGUCCAAGAUACUGACGCAGUACGACACGAAGAAGGUGCAGUCGGUGCUGGCCGCGCUGAUGGAGGAGCUGCACGGCUACAAGCGGAACCCGAACACGCAGAUACUGUCCUCGCUGAUCCUGUGCAUCGGCGAGCUGUGCAGCCACCUCGGCCCGUACUCGAUCAACUUCCUGCCCAGGUUUAUGCCGAUGGUGAGCAAGUUUCUGCACGCGCAGCUGCAGUCGGGCGAACCGUUCGACAUACUCACCUCGAGCAUCGUGCUGCUGACGGUGAAGAUUGUCGACACGCUGGCCCGCUUCAUCUCGCCCUACCUGCGCUCGAUGCUGGUGGGGCUGGCCCGGCUGUACGCGAUGAUCGAGCAGAAGAAGGACCCACGGUUGGGCAACAUGCUGUCCCGGCUGGUGCUGAUCUGGGACAGUCUGACGACGACGAUAACGCCGCGCGUGCUGCUGCCCGCGAUCGAGGAAUGCUACCACACGCUGAUCGGCGAAGGGGAGCUGAGCGCGAUCGGCCCCCUGAUGGGGCUGCUCUCCACCAUGUUCGGGAAGAUGAAGUCCAGCAGCUUCGACGCGAUCCGGAGCGAGGUGACGGAGCUGUUCCUGACGGCGCUACAGUUCCGGUGCUACAAUUCGGCCACCGAUACGUACACGCUCGACGCGAUUGAUGCGGCCGAGGCCCACGUUAUCAAGGCGUUCGUCGUGCUGAUUCUGAAGCUGUCCGAGAGUACGUUCCGGCCGCUGUUCUACCAGGUGUUUGAGUGGUCGAUCCGCGAAUCUUCCAGCAACGAUCGCGCGAUCACGUUCUUCAAUCUGUGCUGCCACGUGGCGGAAGCGCUCAAGUCGCUGUUUGUGCUGUUCGCCAGCGAUCUGGUCGCGAUCGCGGUGAAGCUGCUGAACGCAACGAACAGUGCGAAGGUUGGCGAGGGGGACGACGACGCAGUGAGCAAUCUGCACUUUGAGCUGGAGUCGAAAAACGUCACCCUGCUGCGGUACGUGCUGAAGACGCUGUACAGCAUCGUGCUGUACGACAAUCAGAACUUUAUCAACGCGGUCCGGUUCGAUAUGCUGCUCGGGCCGGUUUCGGACCACCUGGAGAACGGGCUGAUAGUGCGGGAGCCGGAAGUGCGCACGCUGGUGAUCGACUGUCUCGCCCAGAUGGCGGUGGCCGUGAUGGACGAUUCGCUGUGGCGCCAGCUCAACUAUCAGGUGCUGAUGAAAACGCGCAACAACGACGCGCAAGUGAGGUUGUUCGCGCUCGAGGCGUGCACGGAAAUAGCGCGCAAGCUGGGCGAAAGCUACGCGCCGCUGCUGCCGGAAACGAUUCCAUUCCUGGCGGAACUGAUGGAGGACGAUAAUGAGGACGUUGAGAAAGCGGUGCACCAUUCAUGCCGUGAAAUUGGCCGUGCGACAGGUGAAGAUUUGCAGAAAUACUUCUAGAGAAAGAUGUAUUUGGGAUGGAGGGGGGAGACCUGUCGGGCGAGGUCAGGGGAGAAGUACCACCGUCACUUCUGGCGCGAAAGGGCGAAACGUUUUACUUUGCGUUGCAGUGCGAGAACAGUCAAGAUAUAAUAAAGAAUCGAUUAAAAUUCUAAAGCAUGA